CUCUCUCUAUCCGUCUGAAUCAUCAUCCACGGCGACGCCAGCUGCAGCUCUCGGCCAUGGCGACGGCGACGCCACCACCUUCACCGCCUCCUCCGCCGCCGCCGGCUGACUUCUGGACCGUGUUAUCGGAAUCGCAGCGCAUACUCAAAGCCCACUCCCGCCACUUCCUCGCCCUCUCCGUGCUCUUCCUCCUCCCCCUCUCCUUCUGCGUCGCCGCCUACCCCACUCUCCACCGCCUCCUCCUCAGCUCCUUCUCCUCCUUCUCGGACCCGUAUCAUGCCCAGGCCCUCCUCCGGCGCUCCCCCCUCCUCAAUCAACCGGCCGAAUACCACCAAAGCAGCGUCGACGCGAGCAGCGUCCUCGUCAGCGUGGGGUACACCUGCUUCCUCACGCUCCUGUCCAUCUGCGCCACGUGUUCCAUCACCUACAGCGUCCUCCAGGGGUUCUACGGCCGGCCGGUCAAGCUCCCGUCGGCGAUCAAGUCCAUCGGGACGUCCUUCUUCCCGCUCUUGGCCACGCUCAUCUGCACCCAAGCCAUCACCUCCUCGAUCGUGAUCGGUUCCGGAAUCUUAGGGUUCUUGAUCCUCAAAGGGGCCGAACUCGCUAUCGGACACGAAAUCAGCUAUUCCUCGCCUUACUUUCUCGGAUUAGCUGCGGCGAUCGCGGUGGCCCUGGUGCUGGUGCUGGCGUAUCUGCAAGUGCAGUGGGGUCUGGCGAACGUGAUCGUGGUGGCCGAAUCGAGCUACGGGUUCGCUCCGCUGCGGCGGAGCGCUUAUCUGGUGAAGGGGAUGAGAGGCGUGGCGCUGUCGCUGACGCUGUUCUUCGGAGUUCUGUCGGGGUUUGUGGUGUGUAUUGGUACUCUGUCGACUUCGGAAUCGGUAAUCGAUGGGAACGAAUGGAGGCGCUGGUACUUCGUGGCCCAGAUCGUGUCGACGUCGAGCUGCCUCACGGUGCUGAUGCAGCUCAGCCUGGCCGCGACCGUGGUGCUGUACAUGUACUGCAAGGCUCUGCACGGAGAGCUGGCCAUUGAGAUCGCCGAGGAGUUCGCGAGGGAGUACGUUAGUCUGCCCUUCGAUGACGAGAAGGUCUUAUGUCGCGCACGCUUGAUCGAUUCGUGAUGGUGCGACGGUGCUCUCGGUCAUUGACUCAGGUAGUUCUGAGAUUGCUUUGCUUUGCAACUCUAAUUGAUAGCAAUGAAGUGUAGCUCGACAUCACCCAUGUGUGUGGCCUCUACGUGUUGAAUUUUGUUUGUACGAUCAAAGGCAUGUAUACUGUACAAGCAACUAUACAGUUUACAUCAGUUAGAAUCUGAUCGAAUUCGGUGUAAUCACUUAAUGACGCGUAAUAAAGGUAUCGCAAUUCAAUAGA